GGUUGGUCAGUCUUUGACCUGGCAACACUGCCCGAGACACAGUGUAAAGAGGCAGCUGUGGUUACGCUCUACCACCAACAACUUAUUAUAUUAACACUUUAAGAUAAAUAAAACUAACAAUACCAAAUAAAAAUAAGUAAAAAUAUACUAUAAAUAUAAUAAGACUAAAGAAGAAUACGAGGCACAAGAACCAUCUUACAAGUCACAACAAGAAGACUGGACGAUCUGGACCACAAGUUGACUUACAACUUUUACAACAACUUACAAGAAGAAGACUGGACCAGUGGUACAAGUUGACAUGAACUGAAGAACAAAUGGCAGUGGGAAGAGAAGCAGUAGACUGUGAGAACACUAUGUUGGGUGCAGGUGUAAACAACAGUGGACAUAGACAAAGUAUUACCAACUGAACCAAAGAAUUACAAGUAGACAAGAAAUUAUUCUUCCUUGUGGAAAUAUGUUUUGAAAUAAUUCAAAACUUGUGUAUAGAUUCACCCCCUCAUAAGACUUUUGUCACAUGUAGUAAAAGUUUACCAGCCAUCACAAGUACAGUAGUAUAUCAGCCUGAGUAUUAUUGUUUACCAGCCAUCACAAGUACAGUAGUAUAUCAGCCUGAGUAUUAUUGUUUACCAGCCAUCACAAGUACAGUAGUAUAUCAGCCUGAGUAUUAUUGUUUACUGUACAUCAGAGGAACUGUACAUAUAACAAUAGUGUACAGUAUAUAAUUUUUGUACACUUCCCUGUUGAGUGUUUUUAUAGUGUAUGUUGUAAGUCAUAAACAGUGUUUGUUGAUGACAAGUAUAGUUAUAUGUGUAACUCAUUCUUUACACCAUUUUUCACAUUUAGUUCAAAGAGGUAUAGAGGAACCUUGUUAAUAAUGGUGUAGUCACAUCACAAACUGGAUCUUCCAUCACACUUACCUCCUCACUGUCCUCCUAUCUCAGCAUCAUUACAUCAGUGUCAGUAAAUCACAUUCACUUAUUGAUUUAUGUUUCAAUUUUCAUUGUCAAAUAUAAAUAACAGUAACAAGACAUUAAUAGUUCUUGUAGGAGGAAACAGUUUGCCAGUUAAGUGUCACUAAAACCUUUGAUCACGCAGUACACACAGUUUUAUAAUGGAAGGUCACUCAGAGGAACAGUCAGAGUCUCCCACAGAAUUGUCUGUAAAAUCACAUCAAGUAACACAUGUGAAAGAUCAUACAGGAGAGAAGCCAUUUGAGUGUACAGAAUGUUUUAAAUGUUUUAAAAGACAAGAUGCUUUAGUGCGACAUAUGAGACUUCAUACAGGAGAGAAACCAUUUGAGUGUUCAGAAUGUUUUAAAGGAUUUAGCAAAAAAGGUCACUUAGUGCGACAUAUGAGACUUCAUACAGGAGAGAAACCAUUUGAGUGUUUAGAAUGUUUUAAAGGAUUUUCACAAGAAAGUCACUUAAAAGCACAUAUGAGAAGUCAUUCAGGAGAGAAACCAUUUGAGUGUACAGAAUGUUUUAAAAGGUUCUCAUUAAAAUUUUCACUCAUGAAUCAUAAGAGAAUUCAUACAGGAGAGAAACCUUAUCAGUGUUCACAAUGUCCUGAAAGGUUCUCAUGUAAAAAAUCUCUCAAAUAUCAUCAGAGAGUUCAUACAGGAGAGAAACCUAAUCAGUGUUCGGAAUGUUUUAGAACAUUCCCAAAUAAAUCUUCACUCAAUAAUCAUCAGAGAGUUCAUACAGGAGAGAAACCUUAUCAGUGUACAAAAUGUAUUAAAAGGUUCUCACAUAAAAAUAAUCUCAUAAAACAUGACAGAGUUCAUACAGGAAUAAAACCUUAUCAGUGUACAAAAUGUAUAAAGAGGUUCUCGCAUAAAUCUUCACUCAAUAAUCAUGAGAGAGUUCAUACAGGAGAGAAAUCUUAUCAGUGUUCAGAAUGUUCGAAAAGAUUUCCAAGACAAUGUGAGUUAGACAGACAUACUAGACUUCAUACAGGAGAGAAACCAUUUGAGUGUUCAGAAUGUUUUAAAAGGUUCUCAUUAAAACGUUCACUGAUAAAUCAUAAGAGAGUUCAUACAGGAGAGAAACCUUAUCAGUGUUCAGAAUGUCCUAAAAGGUUCUCGCUUAAAAAAUCUCUCAAAUAUCAUCAGAGAGUUCAUACAGGAGAGAAACCUAAUCAGUGUUCAGAUUGUUUUAAAACGUUCCCAGAUAAAUCUUCACUCAAUAAUCAUAAGAGAGUUCAUACAGGAGAGAAACCUUAUCAGUGUUCACAGUGUAUUAAAAGGUUCUCACAAAAAGCUUCUCUCAUAAAUCAUGAGAGAAUUCAUGCAGGAGAGAAACCUUAUCAGUGUUCUGAAUGUCAUCAACACUUUUUUAAAAGGGCUAACCUAGUAAGACACAAGAAAGUUCACUCAGAAAAACCUUUCCACUGUGUAAGAUGCAUGAAAGACUUUAUAGAGAAAGAGAGUUUAAUAUUACAUGUAGAGAGAUGUUACCAGACUGACCAAGUGGUCAACUCUCAUCACUAUGAAGGUGAAAGUUGCCAGGAUUUGCACCAUGACUUGAGCUUGUCUUGCCAACCAACAGUGGAGAUGUGUGUUUCUGAAGGAGUGAAAAAGGAAACUAAUUAUGAUCCACUCUCAGUCAUUUGUGAGACAGAAGCUUCACCAGGGCCUGAGAUAAUUGACCAAUCUUCUUUAAAGAUGGAGUGCCUGGAAGAACUAGAAUUUGUUAAGGAAGAAUUCUGAAACUGUUAUUGUUAUUGAUAUUCAUGGUAGACUCGACCUUGGUCGCUCUAAAAUCAAUCUUUACAAAAUUGUGAGAAAUGUGACGUAACGGAUGAAAAUUUUAUGACGCUAAUGAGACAACUGAGUCACAGUAUUCAUUCUGAAAUUCAUCGCCUCCUCCCCUCCCUUCCCUUCCCCAGGAAUGUUAAUUUUUUUAGUGGCUGUACAUAUAUUAAUGAAUUAUUAUAACAUGAUAAGAUUAUAAUAAAACAUUAAACCUUGUACAGUGUCUGGGAGUAAGGAGAAUUGAGUGGCGAGCGACAUGUUUAUUCUGUAGAGACUGGAAUACAACUGACACUCAUAAGUCAUAACAACUGCCCGUGGCUGCCAGGCACCUGUCGAACAUCUCCACUGUUGCAACACCUGCCACCACCGCUGCUUCUGCCAUCACUGCUGCUACACCUGCCACAGCUGCUGUAACACCUGCCACAGCUGCUGUAACACCUGCCACAACACCUGCCACCACCACUGCUCCAUUGGUGGCUCCUGGCCCCUCUGCCACACCUUCAGCUGCAUCUCAGGCAAGGUGAUGACAGGGUCCACAGGCCAAGCGACGUAAAGUUUUGGAUACAGACCGACGCCUUGAUGCAACACAGCCGAAAGAGAAUCCCGGACAGGAGACGGCUGCUGUGUUACCUGAGGCACGGCUGUAAGAAGGAUACAAGUUACAUGUGCCUCUGUGUCUUGGAUAUUGCUUCAUUCAGUACCACACUGAGUGCAGUCUCCUGCCAUAAAGAACAUCACACACACACACACACACACAUAUUCCUACUUCCUAAGCUCGCCUAUGCCUCCCCUACCUGGUCUUCCCCCUAAAUGCCACACAACAUAA